AUAUCUGACAAAGAAUCUGGUUCCGGUGAAAAAAUAGUUAUAGAAGUUUCUGGAGACGAUAAUAAAGAAGAAUAUGGUAAUGAAGAUAAUAAGUUAAAAUUUAAAAUUAUGAAAUCAUCAAAAAAAAGUCAUUUAAAGAAACAAAGUGUUGCUGGUCUUAGUUGUGAAAAAGGAAGUGGAAAGGUUCUUAAUGCUUUUUUAUUAUGUUUUGUUGAAGAUGGUGAUGAUGUUAAUUAUGGUUCGUUAAAAGGGAGGGUUGUUUUUAAAGAUACUGAUAAUGAAGCGAUUGAAAAAAUUAAAGGACAUCCUGAAGAAUUAGCA